AUGAGUGAGCAGCAGAGAGAAAUGGAGGAGGAUGAGGAAGAAGGCACUUCGGACACGGUGCCCAUGCUGCCCCGCAGGCCUUCCGACGGCCAGGCUCCAGCCCUGAGUGGCCGAGGACUUGGGACCCUGCUGCUGCCCAGCUGGACCCUGGCGGGGUGCCUGCUGCACCUGCUGCUGCCCGCGAUCGUCUUCCUCCUGGCACUUCUGCCUGCAGCUGCCACCGUCUAUCUGGGGUUCCAGUGCCACUCGAGGGUGCACCCCGCGCCAGGCGCCCGGUGCCGCGCGCUGCUGUCGGACCGCAGCUCGGCGGCGCUCAUCGUGCUCGGCCUCCUGGCUCUGCCGCCGCUGCUGGCGCUCGCCUCGGCCACCCGCGCCCGCCUGGCCCGGCGCCUCCGCUCGCUGCUGCCGCCUCCCGCCAGGAGCCCCGGCCCCCGCCGCGCCCCCGGGGCCGGCGACGAGGGCCCGGACGGAGAAGAGCGGCUGUGCGCCUGGGUGUGA